AUGGCCGCCCGUCUCUUUAUCAAUGUCACCAACACAGAGUUUGACAGCUUGCACGGCAAGGAUUUGCUCAAGUUGGUGAUGCGUCGUUUCUUGGGUGCCGACGAGUGUAUCCUGUCGAUGGUCGUCACGCAUCUGCCAUCGCCUAUUGUAGCCCAACGCUACCGUUUUGCUCAUCUCUACAAAGGUCCUCUCGACGAUGAAGUCGCCACUGCCAUCAAGAACUGCGACCCCAACGGCCCACUCAUGAUGUAUGUCUCCAAGAUGAUCCCAUCGGACGGCGGUCGUUUCAUUGCCUUUGGUAGAGUGUUCUCUGGAACUGUGCGUCCCAACCAAAAGGUCCGUAUCCUCGGACCCAACUAUGAAAAGGGUAGUCUUGAAGACCUUUUCGUCAAACCCAUCCAAAACACAGUCGUUAUGAUGGGUCGCAAGGUCGAGCCUAUUGCAGACUGUCCUUGUGGCAACAUCAUCGGUGUCACUGGUAUCGACCACUUCCUCGUCAAGACUGGUACACUCACAACCAGUGAAGACGCCCAUGCUAUGGCUGCUAUGAAGUUUAGCGUCUCUCCAGUGGUCCGUGUGACAGUGACCGUCAAGCAUGCCGAGAACUUGCCUCGUCUGAUCGACGGUCUCAGUCGUCUUGCCAAGACUGACCCCGCCAUCCAGGUCUACACUGAAGACACGGGUGAAAACAUCUUGGCUACCGUCGGUGAGUUGCAGCUUGAGAUUUGUCUCAACGACUUGCGCGAGUAUGCCAACUGCGAGUUUACGACCAGCAACCCCAUCGUCAGUUACCGUGAGACUAUCAUUGAAAAGUCGGCUGUCUGUUUGUCCAAGUCACCCAACAAGCACAACCGUAUCUACAUGUACGCCGAGCCACUCGGUCUCCCUCUCACUGAAGCACUCGAGAACAAGGUCAUCGCACCCAACAUGGACCUCCCACAACGUGUUGAAAAGUUUGCCGAGUUUGGAUGGAGUGGCCAAGAAGUGCGUAACGUCUGGGCCUUUGGUCCAGCUGCCACUAGCAACACCAACAACAUGCUCGUCAACGCUACCACCGGUGUCCAGUACCUCAAUGAGAUGAAAGACUAUAUCGUGUCGUCGUUCCAAUGGACAUCCAAUCAAGGUGUGCUCUGUGAAGAACCCAUGCGUGGUGUCAAGUUUGUUCUACACGAUGUCACUACUAUUGCCGACGCCGUCCAUCGUGGAGGAGGUCAAAUCAUUCCAGCCUCUAGACGUUGCAUGUUUGCUGCCGAGUUGUCUGCCCAACCUCGUCUUGUCGAACCCUACUAUUUGGCCGAUAUCACCUGUCCCGAACAAUCAUUGGGUGGUGUCCAUUCAGCCCUUGGAAGACGUCGUGGUACCAUCAUUGAAGAACAAAUGGCCAAUCGUGGUUUGUUCAAUGUCAAGGCCUACCUUCCAGUCAUGGAAUCCUUUGGUUUCAACUCGUUCCUAGCCGUUGAAACGAGUGGUCGUGCUUUCCUUCAAAUGAGCUUUGACCAUUGGGAAUUGGUCGACAGUGACCCUCUCCUCCCUUCCAGCAAGGGUCGUGACAUUGUCAGAUCUAUUCGUGUUCGUAAAGGUCUCAAGGAAGAUAUCCCCAUUGUUGUUGUUGAUGUUGGAAUUGUUUUACGGCAAUAUAAUAUGACUUCAAAUAUUUUAUACUAUCAUCUAUUGGUGGUUGAAAUGAUUUAA